CCGGGCCCGCCGGGCCGGUACCGCCGCGGUGCCGGUACCGCCAGGGCCGCAGCGCCCCCGCAGGCCGCGCGCGCCCAUUGGCGCCAGCCGUUGCCAUGGCGACAGGCCGUGCCCCGCGCCCACGCGCAGCCUCGCGCCGCCGGGGAGCGCGGAGCCAAUGGAAGGUUUCGCAUCCGGGGAACGGGGAGGAAGAGUCGGCGGCGGCCGCGGGCGGCGGCCCGGAAGCGGAUCGCGGGGGCUCCUGGGAGUUGUAGUCCGAGCGGCGGCGGACCGGCGCCAGAGAGUUGGUUGUGAGGAGGAAUCGCCCCUUUCCGCUGGGAUGGAGAUGUUCUCACUGAAUUCCCUCAAAGAUUCCAGAGAUUUAUUAAAGGAAUUUCCACAGCCUAAAAACUUGCUCAACAGCGUGAUUGGCCGAGCCCUGGGCAUUUCUCAUGCAAGGGACAAGCUGGUGUACAUCCACACUAAUGGGCCGAGGAAAAAGAAAGUCACUCUGCAUAUAAAAUGGCCUAAGAACGUGGAAGUGGAAGGCUAUGGGACCAAGAAGAUUGAUGCCGAGCGGCAGGCGGCAGCUGCAGCGUGUCAGCUCUUCAAGGGCUGGGGUUUGCUGGGGCCCAGAAACGAACUCUUUGACGCUGCGAAGUACCGGCUCCUCGCUGACCAGCUGGGCUGUCCCGACGAGCGGUGGUGCUCGGAGGGCAAGUGGCGCUCCAAGUCCGGCCCUUCCCUCGCCGACUUGUCAACCUGCUGGCGACGGAUGGAGCCGGACGAUUCCAUCCAGCCCAUGGAGCAGGGCAGGAUGCCUAAAGCAAUGAGGAGAGAAGAGCUGGAGGAAGGGGAGCUGGAAGAAGGGGAGCUGGAGGAAGGAGAGCUGGAAGAAGAAGCCAUCGAUGUUUCUGAUUAUCUACCGAUGGCACAUCAGGAUGCUCGAACCCCAGGCAGAGAUGCAAGCCGAGGAGGGAGCUCCAUUGAAAUGACAGACGACAACACUGCCAUCCGUGCCCUGACGCAGUUCCCGCUUCCCAAAAACCUCCUGGCCCAAGUGAUUCAGAUCGCGACCUCUUCCUCCACAGUCAAGGAAUACAUGCAGUUCCGUACGGUAGGCACCAAGACCAAGAUCUGCAAGCUCACGCUGCGCUGGCCCUGCCCCAUGACGUUUGCUGCCAAGGGCCGUCGCAAGGUGGAGGCAGAAAACAAAGCGGCAGCGCUGGCCUGCCAGAAGCUCAAGAGCCUUGGCUUGGUGGACAAGAACAACAACCCCCUCAGCCACGCCAUGUACAACAUGACGUCGCUCCGGGAGCUUGGGGAGAACCAGAGGAAACCCUGCCACAUCAAAGUCCCCGAAGCGACCCUGCGCAAGAUCGAGAACUACCUGAACCACUAUCCCGUGGACAUCAGGGAAUCCAGGCCCCGGAUUGCCGAUGACAUGAUGAACCUGAGCAAGGAAUCUGGUGCGAUAAGUGAUGCAAUCACGGGAAAGACAUAUAUACCCAUGUUGGAAGCAGAGGAAGUGCGCCUUAGCCAGAACCUCCUGGCCCUCUGGAAAAGGAGAGGAUCCUCGUGGCAGGAGAGCCACCCGCUGCCGGUGGAUCCUCACAAAGACACCAUCCUGUCAGCCAUCGAGCAGAACCCUGUGGUGGUAAUAGCAGGAGACACGGGCUGUGGGAAAACCACGAGGAUCCCGCAGCUCCUGCUGGAACACUAUAUCCUGGAGGGCCGCGGCGCCCGCUGCAACGUCGUCAUCACCCAGCCCAGGAGGAUCAGCGCCAUCUCGGUGGCCCAGCGUGUGGCACAAGAGUUGGGGCCCAACAUGAGGAAGAACGUGGGCUACCAGGUGCGACUGGAGAGCAAGCCGCCUGCGAGGGGGGGAGCCCUGCUCUUCUGCACCGUGGGCAUCCUGCUGCGCAAGCUGCAGGGGAACCCCAGCCUGGAGGGCGUCAGCCACGUUGUGGUCGAUGAGGUCCACGAGCGAGACGUCAACACCGAUUUCCUGCUCAUCCUGCUGAAAGGCAUCCAGAAGCUCAACCCCGACCUGCGCCUGGUCUUGAUGAGCGCCACGGGAGACAAUCAGCGUUUCUCGCAUUACUUUGGGGAUUGCCCUGUGGUCAAGGUGCCGGGUUUCAUGUACCCGGUGAAGGAGUACUACCUGGAGGAGAUCCUGGCCAAGCUGGGCCGGCACCGACACCGGCACUAUGAGAUCAAGCAAUCAGAUGACGAGUGUGUCCUUGAUCUUGAUCUGAUCACUGACCUCGUGCUCCAGAUUGAUGCCCAUGGAGAACCAGGUGGGAUCCUCUGCUUCCUCCCUGGCUGGCAGGAGAUCAAAGGGGUGCAGCAGCGCCUGCUGGAGACGCUGGGAUCCCAGAACAGCCGGUACCUCGUCCUGCCAGUGCACUCCAACAUCCCCAUGAUGGACCAGCAAAACAUCUUCCAGCGGCCUCCUCCUGGCGUCAGGAAGAUCGUCCUGGCCACCAACAUCGCCGAGACCUCCAUCACCAUCAACGACAUCGUCCACGUGGUGGACAGCGGCACGCACAAGGAGGAACGCUACGAUCUAAAGACCAAGGUGUCCUGCCUGGAAACGGUGUGGGUGUCCAAGUCGAACGUGGUACAGAGGCGAGGGCGUGCUGGCCGCUGUCAGUCGGGAUUUGCCUAUCACCUCUUCCCUCGCAGCCGCCUGGACAAGAUGCCAACCUACCAGGUUCCAGAGAUCCUGCGCACCCCGCUGGAGAACCUGGUGGUUCAGGCCAAGAUCCACAUGCCGGAGAAAACGGCAGUGGAAUUCCUCUCCAAGGCUCUGGACAGCCCUGACAUCAAAGCUGUGGAUGAAGCGGUGAUCUUGCUGCAGGAGAUUGGAGUGCUGGACCAGCGAGAAGCCCUCACUACUUUGGGCAAACGCCUCGCCCAGAUCUCCACAGAUCCUCGGCUGGCGAAGGCCAUUGUCUUGGCAUCCAUCUACCGUUGUCUCCACCCUCUGCUCGUCAUCGUUUCCUGCCUCACCCGGGACCCCUUCAGCAGCAGCCUGCAAAACCGCGCAGAGGUGGACAAGGCCAAGGCUGUUCUGAGCCGGGAGAGCGGGAGCGAUCACCUGGCGUUCGUCAGAGCCGUGGCGGGCUGGGAGGAGGUGCUGCGGCGCAGAGACAGCCGGGCCAGGGACAACUACCUGCAGGACUAUUACCUGUACGGCCCCAGCCUUCGCUUCAUCAACGGCCUUGUCAAACAGUUCUCGGAAAACCUCUAUGAAGCCUUCCUGGUGUCAUCCCCGUCUGACUGUACCAUGCCCUCCUCCGUGUGUAACCAGUACAGCGAAGAGGAGGAACUGGUCAAGGGCGUCCUCAUGGCCGGGCUCUACCCCAACCUCAUCCAGGUGAGACAAGGCAAAGUGACCCGUCAGGGGAAGUUCAAACCCAACAGCUACGCGUACCGGACAAAGGCCGGCACCGUUCUGCUCCACAAGUCAACCAUCAACAGGGAGGCGUCCAAGCUGUACAGCCGCUGGCUGACCUACUUCAUGGCGGUGAAGUCCAACGGUGGGGUGUUCGUGCGGGACUCCUCCCAGGUGCACCCCCUGGCCGUGCUGCUCAUGACCGACACCGACAUCCACGUCCGAGACGACGGCUGGCGAGCGACCGUCUCCCUGACCGACAGCGAUCUCCUGGUGCUGGAGGGAGACUCCUACACCAUCCGUCUCCUGCGGGAUUUCCGCGUCUCGCUCUCCAAGAUGGUGGAGACGUGUCUGUGCUACGAGAUGGCGGCCAUCCCCGGGGACCUGCACCACCAGCACAGCCAGCUCCUCGACAUCCUGGUGGAUCUGCUCAAGGGCCCGCCCGGCAGCUUCGGCGCUUAGGCACAGCCGGAGGAUUGUGUGGGGACUUGUAAUUUGUAUAAAGAUGUUCACAAAUGUUUAUUUAAAUAAAAGUUCUAUUUAUCCCUUGUGAAGUCAUCUCUCUCCAUCCUAGAAGAUUAAUGUUGUCUGAAUCUCCUGCUGUCGGCUCCGGGCAUGGUCACCGCCGAGGAAGAGCCAGCGCCGGGAAUGGACUGGAAGCGCCGAUGGGCCCCAGCGCCGCGGACGCCCCCUCCCAACCCAACCGGACGGCAAGACCCUCAGCCGCUGCCCCCUCCCCACGGGGCCGGCGGGAGCUGCUCCCGGCGCAGGAGGACGGACGGACAGACAGACAGACGCGGCUGCGGGGCCGGGCAGAGCGCGGAUCCAGCAGCUCCGGUACAGCCUGGCGAGCGGCGCCCUCGUGGUCACCGUCCCCAGCGCCCCAGGACAUGGCACGGCCGCGGCAUUGCAGGCGGGACCCCGAGGCUCAGCGCCCGCCGCGGCGUCACCGUCACCGCCGGGAUGUGACUCGUCCUUCCGAACCUCCCUCUGCUGUUUGUCCUCUUGCGUUGCUGUUAUUCUGCUUUAUUUUUAAUUUCUUGUUCUCCUGACGUCGGAGGCCGGAUCCCUGUCACUUGUGCUGCACGUCCGGGAUUGCCGCCGCCUGUGAGCGCUUUCUCCUGCGGGAAGCCAGGAGCACAGGCACAACGUUCUUUGUUUUCUAUGAACAGGGACCAUAUUUCUGUGGAAGGAGGAUUGUGACAGGCACAGCAUGAAAUGCAAAACCCGGAAUUUAAUCCCAGCUUUGCCUUGGAUUCCCUGUCGAAUGAAGACAGUGACCUACCUCACAGGGCUGUUGUGAGGCUUCGGUAACGUUUGUAACGCGCGUGAGCCCUCGGGCUGGACGUUUUGGGAGCGGACGAGCUCCGGGGGGUUUGGGGCGCAGCCGGGGUUGUGCCCGCGGGCGCCGGGCGGGCACGGGGCCUGGCAUCAUUUGUUUUUAUUCACCAUUUUCUUAUGCUCUUUGUACCUGAAAUCAAGGUGAGGUCUGGUUCUAUAGAACCCAAUCGCUCAGCGGGGGCUGGUUCAGCACAGGGGGGUCGCCGGCGAGGGGUCCCAGGAUGGAGCCGCCUCCCUGGGGUUGCCCUUUGCUUCUCCCUGCUCAAGUUUAAUUUACUCCUCAUGGGCUUUAAUUAGCGGAGCCGUGGCCUCCGCCCCGGGAGCUGACGUGCUGGAGCGGGGUCUGCAGGCCCCCGCGGCUCUGGGGCCGGGGGUUUGUGCCCCAUUUGGGGGCCGGAGGCUCCGGGCCCCCCGGCUCCAUCCCCGGGCGUCCUGCAGCCGGUGUUCACCCCACCCCUCCCAUCCUCAUUUCACUUGCUUGAGGUUGUCACUCUGAGUUGAGCAGUGUUUGUUUCUUUGGCCUGUAUAAUGGGCACUAUGGGGUUCCCUUCAGCAGGUUUAAAACAAAAAACAAAAAAGAAAAAAAAAAAAAGAAGACUAAGCUAUUGUGUAAAUGGUUCAGAACUAGUGUGGUAUUGGGAUACUUCAGUGGCUGUUAUGUGAUACUGGAUCUUUUUACAACAUAGAGUAAAGACAAUAAAAAGGGAUAGAGUAGUAA